UAUCAAGUAAAUCUCUCGACCUGCACAAGAAAGCUGUCAUCUUUGAUAGAAAGGGUACACAUAGAAGAAGACACUUACACAAUCAGUUCCAUGGCUUUCCGGGUUCUUCGCAGUCUGCAUUCGAAGCAACUUUUCCGGCAAGCAAAACCAUUCCAAUCUGGCGAUGUUCCAAAGGGGCACUUUGCGGUUUACGUUGGGGAAAGCCGGAAGAAGAGAUUCUUGGUCCCGGUAUCGUUCUUGAACGAGCCUUCGUUUCAAGAUUUGCUGAGAAAAGCCGAAGAAGAGUUUGGCUUUGAUCAUCCGACGGGUGGACUCACGAUACCCUGCAGUGAAGAAAUAUUUGCAGACCUCACGUCUCGGCUCAGCAGUUCAUUAUGAUGCAACAAGACCAGCUUUGUACAUUUUCCAUCAGUUUCUUUUUGGGCUAGGACGGAGAAAACUCUCCUCGGAACGGAAACACUAGAGUUGCUUAACCAAUGUAACUUAGCUUUUGUCUUAAAAGUUUCAGUGAGUCGUCAGAUGUAAUCUUCUGAGUAAUUGACCUUAUUGAGCUAAAACUUCUGAGAUAUUCAAAUCCA